CAUAUUGUCACAGUACCUACCUUUGUAAAACGAGAUUACGAGAAAUGCAAAGUAGAAAUCAGAAAUAAUAUACGAAUAACUUUCGUAAAUAAUUACUACAUAAUCUUAAAAAUACCAAAUAGAUUAAUAAGGUUUUAAAAAUGACUACAGGGAAUUCUGGCGCGGUAUUUUUCCUAGGAACACGAGCGCAUUAUCAGGUGCUCCAGCAACCAGAGUCCCAGUACGACGUCGAGAAUGGAAACUCGACCGACUCACUCGUCUACCAGAAGCCAGAGCUAUGGCAGGACGGCGAAGUCGACAACCUCGCUUACUGCGAUACUGAACUUAAUGUAACAGAAGAGAAAGACACCAACGUAGUGAAGCGGCGUACAAAGAGGAGACAGAGCGAGACAGCACUGUGCGAGAGGGACAUAGAGAUGAAACCAGCGCUACUCAACAAUAUCAACGACAAUGACAGUGUGAAGGCGAAGCCGCGCUCGAGCCUGUUGUCGUUGCUAGCGUCGCUCGCGCGGCGCAAGCGCCGCCUCCACUCGCAUAUCCAGUACCUCCAACAUCUGGAGACUGCCCUCACCAGCUGCACGUACCGGGAGUCCUGUAGGUGUUUGGAGUGCCAGAGCCGUUACUUCGAGUGUGACGAAAGCGACUACAGUUCGGAGGAGAGCGAAGAGUACACCUCGCGGUACGCCGCCCAGGAGACCCCGCAGCCAGUUGUGGAGGAAGACGACGAUGAAGUGUUCAUAGACUCGGCCCCCGGCGACACCGCGUCGACGGACUUGCUGCUCGCUCCCGCCUCCCCCCCGCGCAGCAUGUCGCUGUCAUCGGCCUCGGAGCCCGACAUGGAGAUAGAGGUCGCCGCCGGCACGCCAGUGCUUCUCAACUACCUGCUGACACACCCCAUCACAUGCAGCAUACAGUAGACUGCAGAACCGCCGUCUUAAACUAGGCUGGGGCCAGCGGCGUAGCAUGGGUGUCGGCCGCACAAUUUUGCCGCCCUUUUAUUUAGAUAUUUCAAUUUAGAAUAGAAUAGAAAUAGUUUAUUAUGAAAGGACGCCACACACAAAAAAAAAGACAACACAUAUUAAAUUUCCACUAAGACAAUUACAAAAAAGCAAGACGGAUGUUUGUCGAAAUGAUCAUAAGGUGGUGGUGGACGUCCUGAGAUAAAAGGGCCUCACUCAGCACAAGUCGCGGCGUGAACCACGACGCUGAUAAUAUU